AUGGGAUUGAUCAUAUACUCUGCACAGUUUGGGCGAACAGAACCUGGUCAUGUGAUUUGCCCGUACAAUGGGGAUAAGAAUGAUCAGAACUAUAACUGUGGCGAGAAAGACGUCACUGAGAAGAUUAAAGCCUUGUGUGCAGAGAAAAACAAGUGUAAAGUGAGAGUGCAAAGUGCUCUGUUUGGGAAUCCUUGUCCGCAUAGAGCGCACCCUUAUCUUAACUUGGUGUAUGCCUGUGGUAAGUGUGUGUGAGUUGAGUCACUUUAUUAUGAUUAAUGCGUAUAAUCUCUACGAUUAGGAAAGCGUUUUUGCCCCGUGGGGUAAUCAACAAAGUUUUAGACGUGGAGGCUUCGCCGCAAGAUCCAACUCCUUACCCUUUUAUAUUUCAUUUUUGACAAACGGUACACCUUUAACAUACCUCGUUAAUAACGUGUUCCUUUUAACUGCUGUCAAUUCACCGUCUUUGAAAUAAGAAUAUAUCACAAAUACAGAAUUUGUCCGUCUCGACUUUUUUGAAAGCCAUAAAAUGUAUCUGUAAAACAUUUUGGGCAUUUUUACAGACCGAAAUGACAGAUUUAUCUUCCCUUUCACAUACCAUUAUAUACCUAUUUAAAGCAGUUAUUAAGCAGUUAAUGCACCGUCUUUAAAAUAAAAAUGGAGGUGAUAAUACUUUUCUUCUAUAUUUUUGCUAAUUAGCCUUCUUCACCUCGAUUUCACCUGCAGAAUUCUAAAGAAAUUUAACUUGUUCUCUAAUCACUUUGCAGUGAAACGAGAACAAACCAUUUUCACUCUAGAAACCAUGAAACGCAGACAAGAAUCAGCAAUAGGCAUCUCGUUUAUUGAUAGCUAGAACACCGGCAAAAUACAUGAAUAAACAUACUACAAACUACAGCUAACGAAGACGUAAGCUAACAAUAAUGUCAAUAAUGUACAAUCUGGUAACAACCUUUCUGAAAGAUUAAAUAUAAUAACAAAAAAGAUAACAAAUACAAGAAAAUUUACAGAACGGUAGCGAGAGAUGCCGUCAAGUGACCUUGAAUCUGCAAAGACCACCUUAUAUACCUGAUAACAAAUAAUCACGCACACUGUCAAAAUAACUCACGCGAGAAAUACCAACACAUCCGUAUGCAAAGCACUGAAGCAACGUGCAUUNUAAUGUACAAUCUGGUAACAACCUUUCUGAAAGAUUAAAUAUAAUAACAAAAAAGAUAACAAAUACAAGAAAAUUUACAGAACGGUAGCGAGAGAUGCCGUCAAGUGACCUUGAAUCUGCAAAGACCACCUUAUAUACCUGAUAACAAAUAAUCACGCACACUGUCAAAAUAACUCACGCGAGAAAUACCAACACAUCCGUAUGCAAAGCACUGAAGCAACGUGCAUUCCUUAACGCGAGAAAAUACAUCUUGAAAUGAUGUAUCGAGGGCAGAUAAAAGAAUAACAAAAUUUGGGUCCUUUUGGGAGUAAGGUGUACGAGUUCCAAUUAUAAAUAUCUUCUUUGGGUUAUUGUACAAGUUGAGAAGUAGUUUUUAAGCACAGUUUUUGUCACAGGACCAAGAAACGAAAUGUACGUGAAUUUCGUUUGAAUUCCAAGUUUCGCAUUAUUCAGAAUUAAGAACAUAAUUAUAAGAGCAACUUCUUGAAAGGUUUGCCAGACGAUUUCACUUGCCUCGGGGUCAAAUCUGCGUGGUUUUUGGAGUUUCUGUUAGUUUUUCCUUGUCACAUUUUCCGUGCUGAUGGCUCAUCACCUCUUUCAUAUUCAAGGAACAUUUUCAGGCCGAUCUCUUUUCCGCCUCUUUACCCUUGAAAUUCAUAAUCUUAAUAUUUCAUAUUUCGUAUCGUCAAUAUCUUUAUGUAUGUGAUUAAGCAAAUCUAAGGAAAUAAUCCCACGUAUUUGAAGAUAUGAAUUUUACUCACUCGCUGCGCUCGUUUGUAAAAUAUUGUUUUGCCACUCGAAAAUAAAAUUCAUAUCUUCGCGCCACCGUGUAAUGUUCUUUUUAUUAUAUAGACAAAAUGACAUCGAUAAAAUAAUAGAGGGAAAUUACCGGAAUUACGUCAUCGAUAAACUCACGUGUGAGAUUAUGGAAAAUAAACCACUCCGGUCCCAGAUGUAGUUUUUAUGAAUUUUACGAGUGGUAUCUUUUCCAGUAAAACACUCGUGUCUAUAUAAUAAAAGGAAAUAAUUCCACGUAUUUGAUAUUUCACAACCCAUAAACCUCAGAAAGAAGGGAUACAAGCUUUUGGCGCAACAGUUUCUGGGAUCGUUAGAGUGAUAAGUUAUAGGUGUUACUGGUUGUUUUUGUAUGCCAUUGACCAAUCAAAACUGAUGUUUGUUUACCCAAACAACACCAGAAAAUGUCGCGCCGAAGGCUCAUACAAAUACAAACAAUGUAUUUUUUAUCAUUAUUUAUCCCUCUACAAGAAUUGCAGAAAAGAAAGAAACCUCCUUUGUACACGUCAUCAAGUACUAUUACCAUGGCAAAGAGCAUUCCGAUAAGCACAUUAACAACGAACACGUUACCAUCAACAACCUCAAUUGUAAGCUUCUCAUCGAUAACGAUUACCUCAACUGUCAACAUCGCGGCUACCUCAAGCACCCUACUAUCGUCUCGAGAACAUGUUACAGUUCACACCACCACUACUGAACCAAACGAUUCAAGAGUCAAGGCGUUAAAUACUCUUCAGGUAGAACAAGUUGUUUCUACAGCAAAAUCCGAGGUUGGAUCUCUUGGCAUUUCUGGCACACUUUUUGUGUGGUUUUUGUUCUUGCAAGGUAUAAAUACCUCAUUACCUUAGUUCUCUACCCAGCAGAAGCAAAUGCAUGUACAGAUCGGUUCCUCGGGUUAUACUGAAUGAUUUCAACCAAUGUCAUUAAGUUUAAGUAUCAAUUUACCUUUUUUUAACAACUAUUCAAUGGACGUGUCUCAAUUUUAUGUCCAGGACUCCAUCCAUCCAUCCAUCCAUCCAUCGAUGCAAGCAUGCAUACAUGCAUCUAUUUCAUCUCCAUGCAUCCAUGCACCGAUGCAUUGAUGCAUCCGUCCCAUACAUACAUCCAUGCAUCCACGCAUAUAUCCAUGCACUCGUGUACCCUUCCGUUUAUCCAAUCAUCCAUCAAUCCAUCCAUCCACCCUGCAUCCUCCCAUUUAUUCACUCAAAAGAAAAAUUACAUCCAGUGCGCUUUAAGUUUUUUAGUUCUAUUUAAUCUUUUGGUUGGUAACUUACGGACCCAAAAAGUCAUUUCAGCCCAUUGUGGCGAAAUGUGUGACUCAAAUUUCAGUAGAAGAGCCCUAUCAAAUAUUUAUGUCAGGCCACUCUGGAACUCAUUCCAGCCCUUUGGUCUAAGUAAGCCCAAGUAAAUUGGACUGUAAUAGUUUUAAGUUCUAAUUCAAAUUAGAGCGUAACGAGGAACUGUAUCUGAUUCACGGACACGACACCAAAACCACAGUUUGGAUAAUUUUUUGGAAUUAACCGUGUAGUGGCAUUUUUUUUUUCGUAGAUCACUCUUCGGAUUGUAUCACUGUAUUUUUCGCCACAGUUGCUGGCGCCCUCAGUUUGGCCCUGAUUGUUGGUGUUUUUGUGUAUUAUCGGCAACACGAGAAUAAGCAUCAGCUAAAUGUCAAGGAGGAACCAAAACUGAGCGGAUAUGGGACAAACGAAUCAAAGACUUUAGAGGAAGCAACCAAUUCCUUUCUUCUUGGGCCCGUUAAGACCCCACCUCCUCCUGAAUACGUUUUGGAAGGUUACAACUGGGAUCCUGAAAGCACAUCGUCUCAUAAGAGUGUUCGCAAUGGAUCGGUCAGUAGGCACUACAAUGUCAAAGAUGUCGGCUCCAAAAAUGUUGGUCCAAGGGAAGUUAAUGGGCACAACCGGUUAGUUUACACACGUCUUUGGAUGAAAUAUGUUUACUGUUGUAAUUAAAGCCUGUUGAUUCACGAUUCAGGAAAGAUGACAGAGCAGUGAUGUGCAUUUGAUGUGCAUUUCUCGGCCAAUUGAUUUGUUCGUACUGUUCUGACAACGUAAUGAGAUUGAUAGACUUGUUAUGGCAAACCCCUCUGAAAAACCAGUCCGAGCAGGGCUGAGGGCAAGUUGCUUUAGACCUAUUUUGUGUUGUUUGGAAGUAAAAGACCUGAAAAAUAGAAAUUCGCAGGAAAAAAAUUCAUGCCAAAAAACAAAACGUGUUUGGUUGGUGUGACUGACGUCUGAAAGUUAAAAUACCUACAAACGUUUCAUUGUUUAGAAAUAAAGCUUUUGGGUUUUUUUUUUUAAUUUUUAGAAGUGCACAAUAUUUUAAAAUCUAGUAACCCAGUUUACGAUAAGGAAGAACAAUUGCUCUCAUCUCAAUUUUCGAAAGCUGUAAAAGUCACGAGUCAGCGGACUUUCUUUUUAGGGAUCUCUGUGCAUGUGCACAAUUUUACAGAAAAAAGCUUUCCAAAGCAACGUUCAUCGCAGCUAUUCUGAUUGUAUGGUAGUGCGCAACUUCCAUUUAUCUUGCUACUUGAAAGCACAAUAAGUCCAUUCCGAGGACGUAUUACCUAGCAUUUUUAAGACGAUCAGUGGCCAGUCUGAGUAUCCUCAUGCUAGAAUAGUUCCAAACAACUCCCCCAAAAUCGGUUUGAGGACAUGAGGGCGGCCCGCCUUCCAUUUAAGUAAUCCCAUUCACGAUCCCAUUCGCAGCAAAUUAAAACCACGCAUUUUUAUUUUGCAUUGCAUGUAAUUGCACUUUUAAUUUAUCAUUUUGCCUCAUUUUUUCCAGCUACUGCAAUGUGAAAAAUGGAUACACGAUGUGACACCUUACAAUUCACCGUGGAAUCCUUAUAGCCACCUUCACCUCAACAACGCACAUUCAGUUCACAUUUAAAACCAUUUAAAGAUCGUAAAAUGUCAUCGCUAUGUGCAAACCAUCAAGUAUCUUUCAAGAUGAAUGCGUGAAGGUCCGAAAGUUUUAAGUGAUCACCCCCUGAGGUUACCCAAGGGAUGAAGGCGUCUUAAAAAACCUUUAGUGAAUUAGUGAAUGAAUUCAAUUAUGAUCAAGUGACGACUGCCUUACAGCAUAAAAUUGUAGGGGACUGUAUAAUUUUUUACGCAAAAAAGAAAGACCAAGUGUUCCCUUGAUCAAGAUAAUAUGAGCGCAAUGUCACUCCCGUUUUUGCCCGACAGUCUGAAGAACAUAAGUUUCCAAUAACCAAACGUCUCACAAUAUUAAAUAACAUUCACAAAAUCUCGACAGGGCGGUGGUUCAGGAGGUUUUUGAUAGUUUGUGAGCGAGUCUUGUUUUUAAUGCUAAUAUCCUGGGCUUGCUUGCUAAAAGUAGGGCUGUUGUUAAAUUAAAAUUAGAAACCAUUUUCAAAGGAAUAACUCUAAAUUCUGUCUGCAAACAUAACUUAAAAGCGACAGACGAUAAAUAGUCAUGAACCCAGUUUUCCUACAACCUGGACCAGAAACCAAAGCUGCCCUUGGAACCGACCAUUAUGUAAUAAGAUACAAGUUUUUUCCUUCUUUUUCUUCAGACUGUCGUUAGAAGCCUCUGAUUAUUAUCCAAGUUUUGAUGCAACUAUUGUUCGAGUUCAAAGACCAGAUGGUACCAUUGUAUCUUUUAAGCCAUACUGUAACACUAACGAAUCCCCUAAAAAAGGAGGAGGAGGGAGGAACGUCGAUGCGGAAGAAUAUUGGAAAGCAAAAAAGAUAAAGGAGAAAGAAUCUGAUGAAGCGUUCCUUUAUUAA